AUGAAGAAUAUAAAUUGGGCAAGUCCGUUAUUUACUGUAAUUCAGGAGAAUACGAUAAUCACAAGUUCAUAUCACCAAUAUCCUCAGAAAAAGUCCAUUCUAAAACCUCCAAGAACAGAACCUUUCCCAUUUGUAGAAGAAAUAAUAGAACCAUCAUCUGAAAAUAAGAAAUCUUCAACAUCACCACCUUCAUUGCAUUUGAAACAUAAACCAAAUAAAGCAUGGAUCAUUAUCUUAGACUUGUUGAAGUUUUUAUUCGCCAAUAAAGUAGCUACAUAUAUCACCAAUCUUAUUGUCACUUUUAUAGGAUUAACCGCAAUUGGAAUGCUACGACUAAUUGUCAAUAGUGGUAAAGUAUUGUUGGAAAUUAAUUAUUCCCUGAUAAUUGAAUUUUUCCUGUUAUUAAACCCAACUUGUGAUCAUUCAGCAAUUACUACCGGUGUUACAAAUAGUUUUUCAAAAAGAAGACGAUUAACAGAUUAG